UGAGUGGUGACUAAAGUCAACCUAAAUGAGCUGGGACCGAACCCGACAAAUCCGACAAAUCCAGACAAAUCCAGACAAUCCAGGGCAACUGAGACAUUCCGAGGAGAUUCCUAAGCCGAUCUCGAUCACUGGAUUACAGCACCGCCUCAUCGGACCCGGACGCCCGACUCACCCACCUUCAGUCCGGCGGGCGGGGAGCUCGGCCAGUAUGACCCGCCUAGCCGUGGAUGGUCCGACUCACUCGUCCAGGCUGGACCAACAUGUCGGCUUUGGUGCCUUACUUUAACGGCUCUUGGUGGUUGAGCGCCACUGCCACGGGAGAGGCUGCUUCGGCCGCCGCCUGGGGGGACUCGUCCACCACCUCGGGCCUGCCGGCUUUAGUGGCUUGGCGCGCCUGGGCCUGGGAUUGGGCCUAUUGUCUGCAGGACUGGGUCGAGCAUUCCACCGAGUGGGUUCACGACAUUUCCGAACAGGUGGUCUCCGGGAAUUUUUCUUCCGUGUGGGACGUUUUUGGACCCGAAUCGCGUGAUUUCGUGACGAAGCUUGAGCUGACCGAUUUCCAGUGGAAGUUAAUUUGGGAGUUCUCACUGAUUCUUUUGGGUAACACAGUGCUCGUGAUAUUGGCUUGGCGAAUCUACGGGCCCCGCAUCAUUCACCGUUUCUUCAGCCCCGGGGGGCGGAAAGUUCUCCAAGAUUUGCGGCUCUCGAUGUCCGAGCUGAAAUUGCCCAAAGAGCACGAUUUCAAGUAUAAAUAGAGACCUCCUCCUCUCUCCUCCUCUAAGUCAAAGAUAAGCAUACUUAUCAUUAGUCAUAAAAUAAGGUAUUCACGUAAAAAGGAAAAUGCCGAACCCCAUCAAGCAGUUCUUCGAAAAGAAGAAGGCCGAGGCCAAAUUCAAAAUGGCCGGCCCUGGUCAAAAACUGGGUGAUACGUCCGGAGAAGCUGCUCGCCGAGCCCAAGCUUUGGAGCGUUUUCAGAAUGACCCACAGGCGGUAGCGGGACCAUCCCGCCCUAAAACGGUCUCUGCAGCUCAGCAGCAAGCGGCUCAAGCGGCCUUGUCCAGAUUGGAUAGUAGUCAAAGCACGGAUUUCAGCAAGAAGCGCUCUCAAGCCGUGAUCCGUGCCCAAGCCAUGAAGGAAUUGGAGAAGGAGAAAAAGAUUGAUGAUGAAGUGAAAAAGUUGCGUGAGACUUACAGCGAGAAGCCUGUGGUGGAAUUGGAAGGUCCCUCGACCUUAGUGUGUUCCGGAGUCUAUUUCCAUUGCCCUCUGAUCGGGCCGGAAGUGUUGCCCAAGGCGGAAAUGAAACAGAAGAUCAAGGAUUUCCUUUACCAACAACUUGAGGAUGAGAAAGCACUCACGGCUUGUCUCAUUAUCCACACUAUGGCCAAAGAUGACGAGAAGGCCAAGAAUUGCGUGGAUACCCUAUGCAAGUACAUAGACAACAUUCUCAAGGACCCGAGCGAAGAGAAAUUCCGCAAAAUCCGCAAAACCAAUAAGGUCUACCAAGAGAAAGUGGCUCCCAUCGAGGGACACGACCUCUUUCUUGACGCUGCAGGCUUCGAAACAAUGACCAUUGAUGACCAGGAGUUUUGGGUGUUCUCCUCGGAGCGCGUCAACGAUGAGCAACUCGAGACUUUGUCCUUGCUGAAGGAUGCCUUGCUCUCGAGCGAGCCCAUUCGAGCGGAACUCGAUCGGGGUCUACGGGUCCUGAUGCCCGCUCAAGCGGCCAGGAAAUUUACACUUCCGCCCGAUUUCUUCUCGGUGGGCGUGGAUGAGAUUCGGAAAGAGCAGCAAGCAUUAACCGAGAACCUGGAACGCGAAGGAAUGCUGCGAACCAAAGCCAUGCGAGAACGAGAGCAACAACGUGAGAGACGAAAAUAUCGAUAUUCCUUGAUCAGAGUUCGAUUCCCCAACGGAAUGGUGAUCCAAGGCACUUUUUCGGUGUACGAGAAGUACCGGGCGAUCCAUGAUUUUGUUGCCGAAUGUCUGGAGCAUCCUCUGCCUUUUGUGUUGUACGAGGCCGGAUCCGGUGGACAUCGUCUGGAGCAAGGGGACUACGACAAGACUUUAAUGGACCUGGAACUGAUCCCAUCUUCGUUGAUGACCUUUGCUUGGCACCCUGAAGUGGCGGAAGAGGUCAAAGCGCAGAUCGGCGAGAACGCCACGUACCUCAAAGUGGAGGUGCGCCUUUUAGCAGAUGAAAUGUGAUGAUUCCAUUUUACGAAAUCCAACAUUAUGAUUUACAUUUUACGUUGAUGAAAUCCGUCUUGAUGUGGGUUGGUUUAUUUCUGAAAUAUAAUCUUGACUUCGAGAGAGA